AUGCCGUGCGUCCUGGGCCAGACGACCCGCAACCGCUCCGUGACCACGCAGCCCGCCGGCGGCGGCAGGUCCUGCGCGGCCACGCUGCGCGAGACGGCGACCUGCGCGCGGAGGCCGGUGGACUGCGAGGUGGCCGACUGGACGCCGUGGGCGCUCUGCGACCGCACCUGCGGCGGCGGGCAGACCAACCGCCAACGGCAGGUGCUGCAGUUCCCGGCGAAUGGCGGGAGGCCCUGCCCGGCAGACCUGGUGGAGGUCCGGGGCUGCAACUCGGAGGCGUGCCUGCACAAGAACUGCGAGGUGGGCGACUGGGGCGCGUGGGGCAUGUGCUCGACCAGCUGUGGCGCCGGCCAGCAGAUGCGCAGCCGCGCCGUCCUUGGGCUGCGCGACAGCCAGGGCUACGGGUGCGACGACACCCUGGGCGAGACGCGCGAUUGCCGGGAGAACCCGCCGUGCCAGCGGCAGGACUGCGAGUGGGGCGUGUGGUCCGAGUGGGGCCAGUGCUCCGUCACCUGCGGCGGAGGACAGAGGUCCCGCAACCGCUCUGUCGUGAGCCCACCAAGCGGCGGCGGCAGCACAUGCACAGCCAACGACAGGGAGGAGGUGGGCCCCUGCAACACGAAGGCCUGCACCGACGUGACCAGCUGCAUCGACGGCAGGUGGGCCGACUGGGAGCACUGGGCGCCGUGCUCCGUCUCCUGCGGCGGCGGACAGACGUUCCGAAAGAGGAAAAUCAUGUCGUCUGCUAACUUCUGUGGCGCGGAGCCGACUGGGUCUGAUUCCGAGAUGAAGUUCUGCAACGUGUGGACAGAGUGUCAGAAGAGCUCGGAUUGCAAGAUGACUUCGUGGGGCGAUUGGAGUGCCUGCACAGCACCUUGCAAUGGCGUCAAGCGGCGCACCCGGCGCGUGGAGAGCUACGGGACGGGCAAGGGCCAGGCGUGCGAAGGCGCGUUGGAGAUGAUGGAGCCGUGCAACCCCUCGCCGGACGAGAAGAUGCCAGCCAUCUGCUCCCACGGCGAACCGGUCGAUUGCGAGCUUGAUCAAUGGACUUCUUGGGGUGACUGCAGUGCCAGCUGUGACGGAGGACAGCGCGUCCGUCACAGGGACAUCCUGCAAGACCCGAUGUUUGGAGGAAAAGCCUGCAAUUCUUCGACUUCCCAGAUUGAGGAGUGCGGCCGCAGCUCGUGCAGCGGGGCCAGUCCUGUGGACUGCGAGUUUGGCGACUGGGAGCCGUGGGGCGAGUGCACCAAGUGCGCUGGGCAGCGCAAGCGCUUCCGGAAGAUCGUGACCCACGGGAUGCACGGCGGCCAGAGCUGCGGCGCGUUCGACUCCCAGGAGGUUGGCAAGUGCCCACGUGAUUGCGACGAAAACGUGUUCUGCGUUUGGAAGGAUUGGGACGAGUGGAGCGACUGCACCGCCACCUGCGGCAACAGCAGCAAGAAGCAGCGCCGGCGGUACCUCCACCUCUCGAGCUCCACGAAGAAGGAUGACGAGGCCCCGCUGCCUCCGGCGCAGGACGUGAUGGCGAGGUACAUGGACCUUCAGCGCAGGGCGAAGGUCCUGGAUAGGAACCAUUUCCUUGAGCUGUUCGUUGCGUUCGCAGGUGGUUCCAUAAGUUUGGUGGUUGUGGUCGCUGGCAUCCGCAUCUUCAACACUGCGAGGGGUUCACGAGCCGGUUGGCUACCUACUGGUUUCUGGAAUGGUGACGCGCUUGAGCAAGUUGGGUUGACCCUCAUCGACCCUGGCGUUGCCAGUCGCUCGCGUUCCAUGAACGAGGUGGAACUUCCUCUCGUCGGUGCUGGCUGGAAUUGA